AUGUCGAGAAGAAAAUUAUUAAUAGGUGGAGCAGGAGUCGCGGGCGCAGCGCUAGCUGGCUGGGCGCUCUCCGCUGACGACAAGCCCCACUGGUACAACCCAUCAACGGUUUCCGCUAAGACCGAACGCAAGAAGAGACCACUGCCCAGUCGCGCUGAUCAAGUGAAGAGCCUUCAAGCUGGCCAUACAUAUGACAUCCUUAUCAUUGGUGGCGGCGCGACCGGCGCGGGAUGUGCCCUCGAUGCUACUACACGAGGUCUCCGCACGGCCCUGGUCGAAGCCGACGACUUCGCCAGUGGCACGUCAAGUAGGAGUACCAAGCUCAUACACGGAGGCGUACGGUACUUGCAAAAAGCUAUUUUGCAACUCGACUACGAUCAAUAUAAAAUGGUAAAGGAGGCGUUACACGAGCGUGCCAAUAUGUUGGAAGUGGCACCGCAUCUGACCAGGCCUUUGCCUAUACUGUUGCCAGUCUACAAAUGGUGGCAAGUGCCCUACUACUGGUUUGGUAUCAAGAUGUACGAUAUAGUGGCUGGAGAUAGGAAUCUGAAGAGCUCAUACUAUUUGUCUAAGAAGAAUACCCUAGAACUAUUCCCCAUGUUGAAAUCCGACAAUUUGUGCGGUGGCAUCGUGUAUUAUGACGGGCAACAAGACGACGCAAGGAUGAACCUAGCGAUAGCGCUGACCGCGGCGCGGCACGGCGCCACCAUCGCCAACCACGUCAGCGUCACCCGCCUGUACAAGACCGACGGCAAGCUCAGCGGGGCUCGGCUCAGGGACGAAAUGACUGGUAAGGAAUGGGACGUUAAAGCGAAGAGCAUCAUCAACGCGACCGGACCCUUCACUGACUCCAUCAGGAAAAUGGAUGACCAGACUGUUAAGGAUAUUUGCUGUCCUUCCUCUGGUGUUCAUAUUGUACUUCCUGGAUAUUAUAGCCCCGAGCACAUGGGCCUGCUCGACCCCUCCACCUCCGACGGCAGGGUUAUCUUCUUCCUGCCGUGGCUGAAGGGCACCAUCGCGGGCACCACAGACCUGCCCUGCAAGGUCACGCACAACCCUAAGCCCACGGAAGAUGAGAUUCUGUUCAUCCUCACCGAGGUUAAGAACUAUCUCAACCCGGAUGUUGAAGUGCGGCGCGGCGACGUGCUGUCCGCGUGGUCCGGCAUCCGGCCGCUGGUGUCGGACCCCAACAAGCCGGACACGCAGUCGCUCGCGCGCAACCACAUCGUGCACGUGUCGCCCUCCGGCCUCGUCACCAUCGCGGGCGGCAAGUGGACCACCUACCGCGCCAUGGCCGCCGAGACCAUCGACGCUGCUAUCGAGAGCGCAAAUCUAAAGCCUCUAUUCAGGGAGUGUCAAACAGACGGCUUCCUGAUCGAGGGUGCGCACGGCUGGACACCCACCAUGUACAUCCGACUGGUGCAAGACUUCGGCCUUGAAAUGGAAGCCGCACAACACUUGGCCAAGUCAUACGGAGAUCGCGCUUUCGCAGUUGCUAAGAUGGCGUCCAUGACCGGCAAAAGGUGGCCCAUCAUCGGCAAGAAGGUCCACCCCGAAUUCCCAUAUAUUGAUGCUGAAAUUAGAUAUGGCGUGCGCGAGUACGCGUGCACUGCGGUGGACAUGAUAGCGCGCCGCCUGCGCCUCGCCUUCCUCAACGUGCAGGCGGCGGCGGAGGCGCUGCCCGUCAUCGUAGACAUCAUGGCGGAGGAGCUCAAGUGGUCCGACGCCGAGAAACAGAAACAAACAAAGCAAGCUGCCGAAUUCCUUGCCAAUGAAAUGGGCCAGAUGGUGAACCGAGCCAGCCGUGACAAGAUCCCCAUCAAUCUCAGCAAAGAUGAGAUACAGACAUACAUCAAACGUUUCCAGAUCAUAGACAAGGAUAGGAAGGGCUUCGUCUCCAUCAACGAUAUUAGGAGGAGUUUGAAGAACUACGGCGAGGACGUGACGGGCGAACAGUUGCACGAAAUAUUGCGGGAGAUCGACACUAACAUGAACGGCCAAGUCGAACUCGACGAGUAUUUGCAGAUGAUGUCAGCCAUCAAAUCAGGUCACGUGGCAUACUCUCGUUUCGCGCAGAAGUGGUGGUGGCUUGUAACUGGCGAUAAAUUACCACCUAGA